ACCUAGGAAAGGCUCGGUGGAUCCUCCUCCGGUCCCUCCUCCUCCUCCUCGUGAUUGGGUGACGCAAGCCUAAGGAGGCUGCUUCACCUCUGCGGCGGCGAGCUGCUGCCAGGCCAGCCGGCGGCAGAGCGACCUUGUGUCCCGAAGCAGACGGGGAGGGAGCGGCUGCACCGGCCGGAGCGCAGCCUGGCGCGCACCUGUGCAUAGAGGCGGAGCGGAGGUGUGAGCCUAGCAGCCAACGGAGUUAUUGGCAAGAUGUGGAAGGUGACUAUCUUGUGGGUGCUGCUGGCCCUGGAGCCCAGUGAAGGCAUUUUCCGCAAAUUGUAUAGAAAUUUCCAGGUUUGGGGCCCAAGCCACGGAGACCCAGGACAGCCGCUGUUCCUCACGCCUUACAUCAAAAGUGGAAAAAUUCAGGAAGGCAAACAGUUGAGUUUGGUCAGCCCAUUCCCAGGAGUCAACGUGAAGAGUUAUUCCGGCUACCUCACUGUGAACGAGACUUAUAACAGCAACCUCUUCUUCUGGUUCUUUCCAGCUCAGGAAAACCCCAACGAUGCCCCAGUUGUUCUCUGGCUCCAGGGGGGACCAGGGGGAUCCUCGAUGUUUGGACUAUUUGUGGAGCAUGGGCCUUAUGUCGUCAACAAGAACCUCACGGUUCGAGCACGAGAUUUUCCUUGGACUGCGAAAUUCUCCAUGCUGUACAUUGACAACCCAACCGGCACUGGCUUCAGCUUUACUGAUGAUGCCCGAGGAUUUGCAACCAGUGAAGACGAUGUAGCAAGAGAUUUAUACAGCGCGCUCACUCAGUUUUUCCAGCUGUUUCCAGAGUACGGGAAGAAUGACUUCUAUGCAACUGGAGAGUCUUAUGCAGGGAAAUAUGUGCCUGCCAUCACCUAUUACAUACAUCUGCUCAAUCCCACAGCCAAGGUCAAGAUCAACUUGAAAGGUGUUGCUAUUGGGGAUGGCUUUUCUGAUCCAGAAACUAUCAUAGGAGGCUAUGCGGGAUUCCUGUACCACAUUGGUUUGUUAGAUGAGAAGCAGAAAAAAUACUUCCAGAAACAAUGUGCUGAGACCAUCAAGUACAUCAAGGAGGAGAAUUGGAGGAAGGCCUUUGAAAUUUUUGAUAACCUGCUGAAUGGCGACUUAACAAGUUAUCCCUCCUACUUCCAGAAUUCUACAGGAUGUUCUAAUUAUUUUAACUUCUUACAGUGUCAGGAACCAGAAGAAGAAAAAUACUUUGGAGACUUUCUGUCACUGCCAGAAGUGAGAAAAGCCAUCCACGUGGGCAACCUGACUUUUCACGAUGGUUCUGAAGUUGAGAAACAUAUGUGGACAGAUUGGUUCAAGUCGGUGAAGCCUUGGCUAACUGAGAUCAUGAAUAACUAUCGGGUGCUGAUCUACAGUGGGCAGCUCGAUAUCAUAGUGGCAGCACCCCUCACCGAACGUUCCCUGAUGGUCACAAACUGGAAAGGACUACAUGAUUACAAGAAGGUGGACAAAAAAAUUUGGAAGGUGCACAGCUCUGAUGUGGAAGUGGCUGGUUAUGUACGGCAAGUUGGGGAUUUCCACCAGGUAAUUGUUCGAGGUGGGGGACACAUCUUACCCAAUGACCAACCUCUACGGUCUUUUGACAUGAUCAACCGCUUUAUUUUUGGAAAAGGAUGGGAAGCUUGCUAAUGGCUGCCAGAACUCCUCAGAGGAACUUAGGACCUCUACCUCUCAAGAACAAAAAAUGUAGAAAACUGAAAAGAAGCUGUGAUUUCUGGAAAUUUGUCUAAAUCACUGCAUCAUCACCCAAAUUUUUUAAUUUAUAGGAAAAUUCUGUUUCAUCAGUUAAAAAUAUAUAUUUCAAACAAACGAUUUUUUCCUCCCCCAAAAAUGAACUUUAGGGAAGCAUUGUAUAGCCAUGAGGAUUAUGCGGUUUACUUUAAAGGAAAAAUGAGUUGUGGAAAGAAGCCUGGACUGGGGUCAGGAGACUAGAGCUCCAAUUUCAGCUCUGCUGCCUCUCAUCUAGGUGACUUUGGACAGCAAGAUACAUCACCUCUGUUGAGCCUCAGGAUCUGCAUGCCUUACUUUGCUGGAAUGUUGUAAAGAAAACACUUUGGAAACUCUGGUUCCUAUGAAAUGUGAUUUGUUUUACAAUACUAUGACUUGUAUUCAUUUGGGGACAAGAGAAGUCAGGGAAGAUAUGAAUGAACAGAUGCAAAAUGAAGUGAGCAGAACUAGGAGAACAAUUUAUCCAUAACAACAUUGUGAAGGCAAACAAUUUUGAAAAACCCAACAACUCUGAUCAAAGCAGUGAUCAACCAUGAUUCUAAAAUGAUGAAGAAUGUGAUCUACCAGAGAGGUGAUAUGGAAGAUACUGACUCAAGAUGCAGAAUGAGACACAUGGUUGGAUGUGGCCAAUAUGAGAAUUUGUUUUGCUUGACCAUGCUUCUUUGUUACAAUGCAUUUUUUUUGUUUUUGUUUUGUUUUUUCCCCCAGAAGAAAAA